AUGUCAACCACUGUUUACGAUAUAUCUAUCUCAGAACGGGCCUGUGCCUUGAACCGUGGCCUUGACGGCACUCGCGAGAGAAGUGCGGCGGUAGCCCGUAGGCUCAAGCAAGAGUCCGACGAGAUGAAACUGGAAGAAGAUGGACGCGUCAGACUUCGGCAAGAAAUCCGUGAUCACUGCAGGGCUAAGCUCAAAUGGUGCAAGACCAUGAGAAGGGCUUUGCUCCUAGACUUGGAAGUUCUCGAAGCGUCAGAACAAGGCAUAAGCUCGGAAGAGCUACGCGAGAAUUCUCGUCACCUCCACGAGUUCGAGAAAGAGAUGUGGGUUUUGCAGCUAGACUUGCCACGCGUGGCAGAAAUCGCCCUUCGACAGUGCUUGGAGCGUGAGGCUCGCAUGUCUGAGGCUUUGACAAUGGCAAUGGCAACCUGCGUGAGCGACAUGCCGCUGAGCGGUAUGGAUAAGGACGUAUGGACAAAAUCUCGGAAAAUUGACCAGGCAUAUUUCGUUCAGAGUCUCAUCAGGAGGUACGAAGCCGGUGACGAUCUACGAUGGUGUCCUAUCAUAUCUCCGUCGAGGAACGGGCUGAAGUUCAAAACAAGCGACACCAAAGCGGCACACAUCGUACCAUGUUGUCUUCGAGAUGUCCAAGUUGCCCAUCUCUUCGGGCUACCAGUCGAAGAUGGCUAUGCAAAGCUUUGGGACCCAGCGAAUGGAAUAAUCCUGCAUGAGGAUGUGGAGCAAGCGCUGGAUGCGGCCGCAAUCCAAAUCGUUCCUGGAUUGACCGAGGAGAAUGUGCAAUGCCUAAAAGUCGUUGCCCUGGAUCCGGACCACACCAUUCGCGGGUACAGCACCAAAGCCUUCGACGGGACAGUACUCGAGUACCGGCCUGGUGUUGAUGCACGACCGGGCGUGGAGUAUCUGUACGUUGCGGCUCUGCUCGCAGCCUUCCGGAGAAAGCGCUGGGACUGUGUCGGAUGGAGAGAUGACUAUAUGAAGCUCUUCCAUGAGGUCCCGUGGCCCGAGGACAUCCCCGUCGAUCUCGCAAAGAGCACGUUGCGCGUUCUCGCGAGAAGCUGUGGCGAUUUGCGACGGUUCGACAAGUUCUAUAGGAGCUCCCCCAGCCCGGACGACGAUGGCCCCAACCACGACUCCGACACAGGCCACGAAUCCGACCACGACUCCGACCACGACUCCGAUGCCGGAGGCACCCGUUGUGACGAGUCGAACGGCAUGGUUGAUCUCGUCAAUGCGGUCAUGAGUGAGGGUAUGAAGCCCAGUCACGCUCGGCGUCGGGAUAUUCAGGAGAAUCCAGACAAAUUCUGGGACGAUGAGCUAGCAGACGACGAUGAGAAGGACCAGUUGAUAUUGGACAAAGGAGUCCUCGAGCUCGACAAGCAGGAAUUGAUCAACGAGAACAAGGAGCUCGCUAGGAAGCAUCAGGCCGAGGUCGAGGAAUUGCAGGAGAUGAUAGCGGACUUGGAGAGGACGUCUGCGGCGAGGAUGGCGCCAUUGGAGCGAACGUCUGCGGCAAGGAUAGCGGAAUUGGAGCGAACGUCUGCGGCAAGGAUAGCGGAGUUGGAGUGUACGUCCGCGGCAAGGGUGGCAGACGUAGAGAAGACGUCUGCGACCGUCAUUGAAGGAUUACGCAGAGAGCUGGAAAAGAGGCGUUGA